UGUCAAAAUGUCUCCCAGAUGUGUGGCCGUGUGGCUGCUGCUCAGCUGUAUUCUGUCUUUGGUCAUCUCCGCAUCCUGCUGUGUUGAGCAGCAGCAUGCAGCAGGAUGCUCAGUCUUAUGUUUCAUGUCCCUUCUGCCCCUCCACGCUUCUUCAGUCACACUGGUCUCAUGCUGUUUGCCUGUGGGAAAAAUUUCAUGGCUGCCCAGAGACAAGAGCGAUGCAUCCAUGCAGUCGAGCAGCUCACCAGGAAGCUUCAGAUGAAUCUGAGCCAAGAAGACUGACUGUGAUGGGUUUCCUUUCUUCCGUGUGAAAGCAGUGCAUCCUCUGAGGGGCUACGGCGUCCGGCAGAUCUCUGGAUAUGGCAACGUUUGUCUGAAUUCAUUCCUCUAUUCCUUUUGCAAGAACUUCAGAUGCGUAUUUGUAACCACGUUUGACUGUGGCCAUUAAGAGCAGGUUUGGAUUUGGUCAAACUUUGCAUCAUGGCGUUCGCUGGGAAAUAUGAGCUCGAGAGUCAGGAGAACUACGUGGAGUUUCUGGAAGUGAUUGGGCUUCUCAGUGCCAAGACAGACCAUAAAGUGGUGACAGAGGUGGCUCAGGAUGGAAACAACUUCACCUGGACGCAAACCAUCCCCAACUGGACCUGGUCGAACAAGUUCACAGUGGGUCAGGAGUGUGAGCUGGUGACAAUGACGGGCUCCAAGUUCAAGGCACCUGUAACUAUGGAAGGUGGAAAGAUCUCCAUACAGUUUCCUCAGUACCAUUUCACAGCAGAGAUCAGUGAUGACAAGCUAGUAAUGACUUGUGUAACUCCAGGAGAGAAGGGCGUGACCUUCAAAAGAAUCAACAAGAGGAUCUAACGCUACGAGACUCGACAUGCUUCAGCUUCAAAGAGGCUACAGGAGGUAAAUCAUGACAAUAAAGAGCUCCAGGUACAGAAGCAAUGGGAUCAUCUACGCUGAGCAGCAAGAGGAACGUCUCUUGGCUUUAAAGGACUGAAUUUUGUUAAACUUCACAGACGUGGCAAAACUACAACAUGAACUGUAUUUACACAGAAAUGAAACCGUUUUGACAGUGUUAAUGUUUGUUCCAAUAAAAACAAAUGCCUAAAUGCA